UCCAGUUCAAUGCAAAGUUCAUCUUCCUUUUCCUUCUCAACUCAAAGAAAAAUGGAGGGCCAUAGUGAGAUGGGUCUCAUUGGGGAAAAUCUCGAUACUAGUUUGACGGGGAGGAUGAGGGACGAUGAGAAUGAAAGCCGUUCUGGAAGUGACAACUUUGAAGGCUUAUCUGGUGAUGAUCAGGAUGCUGGUGAUGAUCAGCGGCAGAGGAAGAAAAGAUACCAUAGACACACUCCUUACCAAAUUCAAGAGCUUGAAUCUUUCUUUAAGGAGUGUCCUCAUCCGGAUGAGAAGCAAAGGUUAGAUCUUAGCAACAAACUUGGCUUGGAGAAUAAGCAAGUCAAGUUCUGGUUUCAGAAUCGACGGACUCAAAUGAAGACCCAGCUGGAACGCCAUGAGAAUUUAAUGCUUAGGCAGGAGAAUGAGAAGCUCAGAGCUGAGAACACUUUGAUGAAGGAAGCCAUGUCAAAUCCAAUAUGUAACAGCUGUGGCGGCCCGGCUAUUCCUGGCCAAAUUUCAUUUGAGGAGCACCAGAUUAGAAUUGAAAAUGCUCGACUAAAGGAUGAAUUGAACCGCAUAUGUUCCUUAACAAACAAGUUCCUUGGCAAGCCAAUUUCAUCAUUGACCAGUCCCAUGUCUCUCCCAACCUCAAAUUCUGGUCUGGAACUUGGUAUUGGAAGGAGUGGGGUUAGUGGUUCGAGCACUCUCGGCACUUCCUUGCCAAUGGGACUUGAUUUGGGAGAUGGAGUCUUGGGAACCCAAUCUGCAAUGCCUGGGAUUAGAUCCCAAAUGGGAUUGAUGGGAAGUGGAGUUCAGUUCGAGAGAUCCAUGCUUAUAGAUCUUGCAUUGGCUGCUAUGGAGGAACUAAUAAAGAAGGCUCAGACAGAUAGCCCUCUUUGGAUUAAGAGUUUGGAUGGCGAGAGGGAAAUUAUGAACCAUGAGGAGUAUGCAAGGUGUUUUUCUCCUUGUAUUGGUCCAAAACCCACUGGUUAUGUAACUGAAGCUACAAGAGAAACUGGGAUAGUAAUCAUUAACAGUUUAGCCCUUGUGGAAACUUUGAUGGAUGCGAAUCGAUGGGCGGAGAUGUUUCCAUCUAUGAUUGCUAGAGCUAUCAAUCUUGAUGUUAUAUCUAGUGGCAUGGGCGGAACCAGAAAUGGUGCUUUACAAGUGAUGCAUUCUGAGGUUCAAUUGCUUUCACCACUGGUCCCUGUUCGUCAAGUGAGAUUCCUCCGGUUUUGUAAGCAGCAUGCAGAAGGCUUAUGGGCUGUGGUUGAUGUUUCUGUUGAGGUUGGUCAUGAUGCUGCUAAUGCACAAUCAUUCAUUAGCUGUAGGAGGCUUCCUUCUGGCUGUAUUGUGCAGGAUAUGCCCAAUGGUUACUCCAAGGUUACUUGGCUUGAGCAUUGGGAGUAUGAUGAGAGUGUUAUCCACCAACUUUAUCGCCCAUUGCUUAGUUCUGGUGUUGGAUUUGGUGCUCAUAGAUGGAUCGCCACCCUCCAAAGGCAGUGUGAAGGCUUGGCCAUCCUAAUGUCUUCUUCCAUCUCAAGUGAUGAUCACACAGCCUUGAGCCAAGCUGGUCGGAGAAGCAUGUUGAAGCUGGCACAACGCAUGACCAGUAACUUUUGUUCCGGGGUCUGUGCUUCUUCAGCUCGCAAGUGGGAUAGCCUUCAUCUGGGGACUCUUGGUGAUGACAUGAGAGUGAUGACUAGGAAAAAUGUGGAUGACCCAGGUGAGCCUCCAGGGAUCUUGCUCAGUGCUGCAACUUCUGUUUGGAUGCCGGUGUCACGGCAAAGGCUGUUUGAUUUUCUUCGCGAUGAACGGUUCAGAAGCCAGUGGGACAUUUUGUCCAAUGGUGAACCAAUGCAAGAGAUGGUCCAUAUUGCCAAAGGACAAGGUCAUGGAAAUUGUGUUUCUCUCCUUCGUGCUGGUGCUGUUAAUGCCAAUGAUAGUAGCAUGCUGAUUCUGCAAGAAACAUGGACGGAUGCUUCGUGCUCGGUGGUAGUAUAUGCACCGGUUGAUGUGCAAUCCUUGAAUGUGGUGAUGAGUGGGGGAGAUUCUGCUUAUGUUGCACUCUUGCCUUCAGGUUUUGCCAUUCUUCCUGAUGGUCAUUGCUUCGGCAGUGUUGCACCAAACAACAGUUGCAAUGGUGGUGUUGGUGAUGGUGACGGUGGAAGCUUGCUUACGGUUGGGUUCCAAAUUCUGGUGAAUAGCCUCCCAACAGCUAAGCUCACGGUGGAGUCAGUUGAUACCGUGGAUAACCUCAUCUCAUGCACCAUUCAGAAGAUCAAAGCUUCACUCAGAGUUGCAUAACAACCAUUUUGUCAAAGCAAUGCAAGUUAAACUUAUUUUGUGUCCUUUUCUCUUUAUCCUAUAAUGAAAAAACAGAAAGGGUUUAUAUAUUUGGAUGUAAAGGAUUUAUAUAGAGUAGUGGAAGAGGCUGAGACAGAAAGGGUCGCAUAAGGAAAGGUUACGAGUCAAGAACGAACCGCGAAAGAGGAACUUGAGCUGCAUGUACUCUUGAGUGCACAUUUUUUUGCUCACGGUGGUUCGGGUAUUGACUCGUUGACCAGCGAGUUAGUCUCAGGACUCUUAUUUGCCUAAAAAAUGUCUGUUAUUUAAGCCAAUUCUAUACAGUUGCA